AUGGUGCAAGCACUUUAUGUAGCUUUGUGUUGUGUUGUAGCUCUAUCUAUUUCAGGAAUCUUCCCCAUCGUCCAUGCUGUCUAUCGUAAGUACCAUCUGAUCCUUAAUGGAAAAACAUGGACUGAUGCGAGGACUUACUGCAGGGCCAUGUACACUGACUUGGCUACUUUUGAAACUCCUGAUGAAAUUACCCAACUUCAAAAUAUAGCAAAGAGUCAAAACUGUGCUGAUAGCAUUUGGAUUGGACUUUAUAACGACGUCAAUAGCUGGCGCUGGUCAAUGGGAAAUGUGCCUCUUGGAAGUUUGAAAGAUUGGUAUUCCCCAAAUCCUGACAACCUGCUUGCAAAAGAAAGCUGUGGUGCGAUAGAUCCGAAUGGCUGGUAUGAUUAUUCGUGUACAACACUUUUGACCUUCAUCUGCUUUGAUGACAGCUACAAUGGUACCAGCAGCUAUGUUUUCAUUUCUACAAACGUUACAUGGUCCGAUGCUCUGACAUACUGUAGACAGAAUCACACAGACCUGGCCAGUGUGAGAAGCUCAGCUGAAAACUCCAUUUUAAAAUCACUGGCUGUCAAUGGAGGAUCUUGGUUUGGUCUAUUUAGAGAUACCUGGAAGUGGUCAGACCAGACAAACUUCAGCUCUGUUCCCUGGCUAGCUGGAGAACCAAAUAAUUUAUUAAAAGUAGAAAAUUGUGUUUUUUUUUUAACGGUCGGCUUGGUGAUGUGCUGUGCGCACGCAUAAAACCUUUCUUCUGUGAAGCAGUAAUCACAGGAAAAAUACAAAUUAUAAGACUGAAGGUUCAAUUCAAUCAGGAUGUGGAUGAUCCUGCAGAAAUUGUAGCCAUCUUAGAAAAGAUUGAGUCGAUGGUCCGUGUUCAUGGCGCCAUUGCAGUAAAAUGGGGAAAGCAGCUUGAUGGACUGGUGUUUAAAAAGAUUAAAUAAUACUACAGCUAUAACUCAGAACGUUUGUUUCUAUGGAAGCUGUUCAAAACUUUGGACAUUACACUCUUAUAAAAGGUGUUAUAUAGUGUAUUGUAUAGUGUAAGAAUAGUACACUGCUAGAAUAUACUACCUAGUUUACAAUUCGAGCUAGCAUGUUUUUCAUUCUGGCAUUUCCAGGGUUCCAGGUUUUGAAGCUUCUGGCUAAUCCUGAGAAUUGUAAUAGUUAAUUUGCAGUAGUCCAGUCUUGAAAUGACAAGAGACUGAACAAGCACCUGGGCAGUCUCUGGUCGAAUCCUUCAGAUGUUGUAGAGAAGACAUUAGUAACAUGUGAGGAGAUGGACAGUUGAUUGUCCAUAUUUACCCGAAGGUGGUGAGCAGUGGCUGAAGGGGUGAGCAGAGAGUCAUGAAGAGUUAUUCUGAGAUCUUGACCUGGAGAAGAACCGGAUACGCCACUUUCCACACAAUAUACACAUAAACACCGUCUUUUUAAAAUCCAAAUCUUAAAUCAAAACUCAUUGUUUAUAUUUAAUUAGCGCUGUCUCACCAUCACAUU